UUGGUUUGUUAGCUCGGAGUUUGGAUACGCAGCUAAACUCAGAGCUCGUUGAGUUAAAUUUUCAUUUUGGGAUUAGGAUAUUGUGGAGCUCGUGAUCAGUUAGCUCUUUAACAGCUCAACGUUUUUUUUCCUGUUCGGAGUUUAAGUUUUUAAAGAAGUUUUGUGUGAUCAACGCACAUUUUUGGAGACCUAAUGGGGAUUAAAGCUUGCAGAUAGUUGUGUUAUGUGAGUUCUGCUGACACGCCGCUAAAGAUGUGGGCCCGCGUUUUUUUCUUGUCUGUUUGUUUACUGGAAUUAACGGCCCUCGUCAGCUGCAAUUUUACACUGGAGUUCAGUUGUCCUGAAGGAUGGACCCUGUUCCCCAACGGCACCUACUGCUACUACUACAGCAGGGUCGAGCUGGACUACGGUGCUGCCGUGGAUGUCUGUGACAAAUACGGAGCCGCGCUGCUCGAGGUCAGGGACGAAAGGGAGGCCAAGGUCGUGGCCCAAAAAGCCAACGAGACGUUCGGACAAAGCCAGAAAUACUUUUGGAUCUCUGCGGGACAAGAAUACAAUACCGCAGAAGAUUUCGUCAUUGCCAAUGCCACCAAGUGCAAGGGAUUCUGGGAAGUGGGGCAACCAGCCAGCGAUGACGUCAACAUGGCCAUAGCCAGUAACAUGGCCGGCAGGUGGACGCUAAAACCUUUAGGAGAUCGUCUGCGGUUCGUCUGCAGGGCUCCUGCCUGUCCACAAGAUUCCUUUCGCUGUAGAGACGGAACGUGCCUCAACGUCAAGUGGAAAUGUGACCAAGCGAUGGACUGCAGUGACGGGACAGAUGAGGCGGAUUGUCGAGACUGUGUGAAACACAUCAAUGCAAGCAGUGACCAAAUUGUUGACUUUACACGGAAGGACAACUGUCAGUGGACGAUUGAAGGUCAGCCUGGCGAAGUCCUGAAAAUCGAGUUUACGGCAAUACACAUACAAGCAGGCGUCGACACGCUACUGAUCUACUCGGGCGGACCUUCCAUCAAAACAAGCCAAUUGGUAGGACAAAUACGCAGCAACGACAUGCCCAAGACGGUGUUUGGCGUCAACCAUUUUUUGAUUGUCGUCUUUCGAUCAACCGAUGUGGCCAGUGGAUUCGCAGCUAAAUGGGAACCAGAUGAUGAACUUUCUAAGACGGUUCAAACAAUUCGUGUUACAAGCACCCCAUGGGAAUUUAACUCCCCUCACCACAACUCAUCAAAUUUGCCACUGAGUUACAGAAAAACCUGGUCACUCGAAGCUAAAGAAGGGGAGACCAUUCUACUGGAGAUACACAACAGCUCCUUUGAUCUAGCAAACAAGUCCAGCAUCAGCAUAACAAAUGUUGGAUUUUCCCUCUGUGACCCCAGUACAGGGAGGGCCUUUUUCAUAUCCAGCUCACCUUCUAUGGUCAUCUCUGUCCAGACCAACACUGCACAGUACCUUCAUGCAGUGGUCAACACAGGUUGCAACUUCAGCAUGGAGCUGACGCAGGCGAGGUUUGAGCUCCUCAACUUGAGUAAAAACAUUGUGUGUGAGUGGACCAUCAAGAACAGACAACCCACCAAUUUCAGCCUCAAUAUGCAGGAUAUACAGUUUUUAGGACAAGAUUCUUUACAACUGUAUGAUGGGAAGGUUGGUGGGGCGCCUGUUGUCACAGUGAAUGGAAGCACUGGAAACAAAGUCAGUCAUCUGGGGCUGUCCAGCACAGUUGUGAUGGUCUAUAGGUCAUAUGGUCUCACAUCUGGCAGCAAGCUGCUGGGAGCCGUAUCGGCAGAUUGCAGUGAUCUGAACUCACCUAACUUGGAGGUCAGUCCCCAGGGUAGGGAGGGGGGUGAGAGCUACAAGGUAAGCAUCACCUGCGCCACGGGGUACACGUUUGUUCAAGAGGAGUACAACAGCAACAGCACACUAGAGGCGGAGUGUAAGCUGGGGGGUAACUGGUACUGGGGCUCCAACAGCCUGACACGACUGCCCACAUGUCAAGUUGUGUACUGUGGAGUGCCCUCCCCUAUAGACAAUGGCAAGUUGACCUAUAUCAGUGCCAACGUAUCCCUGGGUGCUAAAGCCACAUACGAAUGCUAUGGUGGAUUCAACCUAAGUGGAUCGGACACAGUGGAGUGUUUGUCUAAUGGCAGCUGGUCCACUCCACCCACCUGUGAAGCAAAACUUUGCCCAGAGUUAACUGAUGUUGAAAACAUUGGGAACACUGAAGAAAUAAGGAAUGCCAACAGAAGUUUUGGCACUGUUAUAAAAUUUGAAUGUUCUCCUGGGUUUGACCUGCUGGGAUCUCAACAGAUUGUCUGCCUGGCUAACGGCAGCUGGAAUCAUGUGGUGCCUUCAUGUCGCAAGUUGACUUGUCCCCUCCUACCGGUUGAAAAUGGUGCCUACAAUACCUCGUUGCCUGUGGAGUUUCUUGCCGGCGCCUCACUUCAGUGUCACCCUGGCUAUUGGGUGGAGAGGACAAACACGCCAGAGGUCAUUCAUUCUUGCACAGCCAACAGGACACUCAGUCAGAAUGACACAUGUGUUGAUAUUGAUGAAUGUUUAAAUGAGACACACAACUGUAACACCACCACUCAGACUUGUGAAAACACCAUUGGCUUUUACACCUGCAACUGCAAAGAUGGUUAUCAAUUAGAGCAAAGCUCCUACACCUGCACAGAUAUUGAUGAAUGUGAAGAGAACACCAGCUACUGUGGUCAGCACUGCCACAACCUGGUUGGGUCAUACAAGUGUUCCUGUGACCCAGAUGGUUUUGAACUCUACACCCAGAAUGGGACAAAUGGAUACUUUCUCCCUCAGGCUGAGGAUGGCUCGGAGCCUGAUCACAAGUACCACAUCAACCACACCUGUGUCUACACUGUGUGUGACAACACACCUGACCAGCCAUUAAAUGGGACCUUCCUGACCAAAAGGUCUCGCUUUGUCUACAAUGAAACUGUUGCCGUAGCUUGUGAAUUUGGCUUUAAGAUUGAAGGUCCAUCUAGUGUCAGAUGUUUGGGCAACAACAGCUGGACACAAGUUCCAACCUGUAAAGAAAUGUAUUGCGACGACAUUCCUCCCAAGAGUGACCUUGAGGCUGGCAGAAUCCCAGAUGGAAAAACAAGGCUGGAACCAGGAGAAGAACUGGUCAUCAUCUGCCGCACAAAGCACAGCAGUGAAACUGUUAACAAGACACUCUUCUGUGCACCAAACAGGACAGGGGCUUUUGAGUUGCAGGGAGAUAACCCUACCUGUCCAGAGGUGGACUGUGGCGAGGUCUGGAACAUUCCUGGCGCUGUUGUUGACAGGCCCGCUAACACAACGUAUGGAAGCCAGUUUGAGUUUAAGUGUAACAGUGAGAAAGGAUUUAAACUCAGGGGGAAUUCCUCACUGGGCAACACUACAGUUGAGUGUCAGAGCAACGGCAUCUGGGGCUACAACAGUCUUACCUGCAUAGGUCAUAGCUGUGGAGACCCAGGCACCAAGGCAGGGACAAGGCAGAUUGUAAAUACAAGCUAUGAGGUUGACCAGGUGGUGACCUACGAGUGCGAACAGACAAACUACACGGCUGAACGGACACACCUGAUCUGUGAGUUCCACAAUGGAACAGCUAAGUGGAGUGGGGAGGCACCACUAUGUGUUGACACACAGAAACCAACCAUCACCUGCCCAAAGGAUAAGUCACUCAGCUUGUAUGAAACCAUAACCUAUGACCCCCCAAAAGUAACAGACAACUCUGUACAUUCUUGCUAUAUGCUGAAGUCAGGACCACCCUCUGGCGUGGCUGUCAUAUCAAAUGACACAACAAUCAAAUUUCAGGCUUAUGAUCCACACAAUUUUAGCCAAUCAGUGGACUGCGAGUUUACGAUUUAUUUGAAAGCCAUCUCCAGGCCAGAAAUAAUUUGUCCUGUGUCACAUGAUGUUGUUCUAACAGAGAAUUUACCUAAGACCAUCACAUUCAAUGAAUCCUUUAUAGUCUCCUCCACCCCCAACACUACCCUCACCUUUACACCCCCGAGCCUAGAGGUAACAGCAGGGAAUGUUUAUGCCAUCAGAGCCAGGGUACAGGGAGACAAUCCAUUUUACAAAGAAUGUGCUUUUCUGCUCAAUGUUACAACUGUAUCUUGCUAUAAAGAUGUAAUCAAAGCUCCAGGAAAUGGAAGCAUCAACUGCACGGGAAACAACAGUACUAUGACAUGUACAGCUGCCUGCAAUGCUGAUUUUCUGUUCCAAGACAAGACUCAAGCGCAAAACUUCACAUGCACUAAUGGGAUGUGGUCACAAGCUAGUUCAAUGGACUGUCUUGAACUUAAAAACACUUUGGUUGGUUAUGACAUAUCUGUCACGUAUAACACUACAACACAAAUGCUGGCAGGGUUUGAUAAUCAAUGCUUUUUUGAGCAUCACACAAUUCUAUUGAACAACAUAAAACUAAGUGAAAUUUGUGGAGCAUCAAGAACUUUGGCAACAAAUCUAAAGUCAAGUCGUUCUACACUAAUGAGUAUCACAACAACUUUAACCUUGAAAUUAUUCACAAAUGCCAAUGCAACAUGGUUGGAACAAUGCAUCAAAGACACUUUGAACUCUGAAGUAUUUGGCCCCACAUCUCCUAUGGUAACUGGCAAAGAUUGCUCUACUCCAUGGACUGUUGGCAAUUCUGAAGCCCCAAAAAACUUAGGCAUUAGUUGUGAUGAUAAAAGUUAUGAGAUACGUUUUCAAAAUGAAAGUUUUUGCUUACCAUGUGGAGCAGGGAUGAAUUUUAGUUCCACAUGCCAGACAUGCCCUGAUGGAACCUACCAGGAUGAAGAUGGUCAGACAGCAUGCAAACCUUGUCCUGAUGGCAUUAAACAUUCCUCCCUACCACGUACACAUGUGGAGAACUGUAUUGCCCUAUGCCCUAGUGGUUUCAAUAGCUCGACUGGUUAUGUUAAAGAUGGCUGCACAGCGUGUCCUACUGACACCUACAGUUCACCAGAUCGCUUAAGCUGCACUCCAUGUCCAAAUGGUGGUUCAACCGUAGGUGUAUCUGGUGCUGUUAACAAAAGUUUUUGUUUUGACCCAUGCCUACCCGGAGAGUAUUCUGUAACUGGGUAUCAACCAUGUAACGAGUGCCCUCUACAUUUCUACACCGAUCAUAACAAGUCACUACAGUGCGAGGAGUGCCCUGAAGAUACCUACACAGACAAGCCAGGAUCAACAAGCUUGACAGACUGCUCAAAGAAAGUGGAUCAGCUGUGCACUGCCAACUACUGCCAUGCUGCAGGCUCUAAUGGAACUUGUCUUAUAAAAGAUCAUCGACCUGUGUGCACCUGUAAUGAAGGUUACCAUGGGGACAGAUGUAACGAGACCUGUGAUAUUUGCCAUACAAAGCCCUGCUACAAUAAUGGGACUUGUGUGACCAAAGGAUCUGAUUACACAUGCAGUUGUCCUUACAAUGAAAUUUGCAAAUUUGAACUAGCUACAAACCUUGGGAUUCAAACAGGAGAUGAAGUGAUUAUCCAGACCGGUGUGAUGACACAAAGGGACUGUGAAGCAAAUUGUCUUGAGAACAAAGAAUGCUUAGCUUAUUAUUUUCAGCGUCCUACUUGCCUCAUAUAUUUAACCUUAGUUGUAGUUGUUGAUGGUAUAGCUAACGUUUACAAAAAGAACUGCACUCAAGUAAAUUUAUUUGGAGGGAAGCAGUGUGAGCAUGACAUAGACAUCCAGUGUAAGGCUGACACAUGCACACAACCUGAAUACUGUCAGGAGAUGGUUGAUGGGUUCAAAUGUAUUUGCCCUGCUGGUCAAGACUAUAAUGAAACGUGUGCAAUACCAACAGACUUUUGUAGCCCAAAUCCCUGUUUGAAUGGAAACUGUACGACAUUUGACUCAGUACGUUAUGAGUGUACGUGUCCACCUGGUUACACAGGCAAGAAUUGUGAAAAAAACAUUGAUGAAUGUAAAGUCAAUCCAAAGGGCUGCUUGUAUAACGGUACCUGUGAUGACAACAUAGACGAGUACAGCUGCAGCUGUGCACCUGGUUUUAAGGGCAGCCAUUGUGAGGUCAGACACGACAUGUGUCAAGAUAUCACAUGUGUAGAAGGAGAUGGAGAUAAGUGCACUAAUGAUUACCAUUCACUGACAGCCAGCUGCACAUGUAGGGAACACUACAGCCUCAGUUCAACAGGCAAGUGUGAGCCAAUCAACUACUGUUCCAGCUCGCCCUGCUCUAAUGGAGGGACUUGCCAGAAUUUUACUGGAGGUUUCAAUUGUAGCUGUCCACCAGAUUUUAUUGGUGCUACAUGUCAAUUCCAGUGGAAGAAUGAAACUGAAACAGACGUCUGUUCAGAUUUGGUCAAAUGUACAGACAGGAUGAAGGAAUUUUUUUGUGAUUGUCAGAAUGAAAGUGCUCCAUGUACGUCAAAUUAUUCUGCUUGCAUAGAAAAAUGUCAAAGCUCAAAUAACUUGCAAGACAUACUCAUCUGCAACUGUUUCUGUAGGAAUGCAACACUACAAAAAGUGAGUGAGACUCUUCUCAUAGCUUUACAGAUAAUUGUAUACAUUUAUAAGUGUACUUUUGAGAAAAUUUACCUGUUUCAGGGGCCUGUUGAUAUCUGCACAAUGGAGAAACCAUGUCUGCAUGGGGGCAACUGUUCCCAUGACAAUGAGACGUACACAUGUGCAUGCCCACUAGGCUGGACAGGUCGUGACUGCGAAGUUGCUGUGGACUACUGUAACCAGAGCAACCCAUGUCACAACAAUGGCAGCUGCAUCAACCUCUGGGACCAGUCUUUCUGUCGCUGCUUACCAGGAACAGGAGGAGAUACCUGUGAAAAUGCUACAGAUUUGUGUCACAAAUUUAAUGAUAGCCUGUGUGUAGAUGGAACUUGCCAGUCCACAAAUGGUAGUGCCCAAUGUGACUGUUCAGAGGGCAGUGCUGGUCAGUCUUGUGAGCUAGAAAAGAACUGGUGUAACCUUGACCUUGGCCUUUGUACACAUGGGACAUGCGUCUUAAACAACACACAGUUCUAUUGUGACUGUGCCAGUGGUCAGUCUGGUGUGGAAGGUGGUUGCGUGGCAGACUUGUGCUCCACGUGUCUGGACCCCAGCAACUGCCAUGUGUAUGUUGAUGCCAGUGGAGUUCCCACACCUGGAUGCAUGUGUCCACCUGAUCAAGUUGCUGUUGGCAAGGAAUGUAAAGUGGUAAAUGGUGAUUUUGAUUUGGGCUUCACGAAAGAAUUAGCAGAAAAAAAAAAGUAUGUGACCUCACAGAAUGGAUUUACUAUUCCACCAAAUUCAGAUCUGACUGUCUCAUUUUGGUUUUUGCAAAUUAAAGAUGUUCCAGUUGAUGGAUUUAUGCUGGCUUUAAUGAAGUAUAACAAGUUAAGAUAA